UAUUUUGUUGACGUUUUCACUUAAUACGCUUUUUAGGUUAAAUUUAAAUAAAAUGGCUAAAAAUCACAGUAACUUUUUAGAAUUAGACAUAGAAAAGUUGUUCGAAGAACAUGGUAUAGAUGAAAUUGUAGAAAUCGAAAAGGCACUGGAUGCAGAAAUCGAAAGGAAACGGAAAGAUUUGAGGUCAAUGGUAGGAGAUCGAUACAAGGAUGUAUUAGCCGCUUCUGAUGCAAUUAAAUCUAUGAAAACUAUAUCGCAGGACAUAGUUAGGAAUGUAGAACAAAUCACAAUCACAACUAGUGAACAGCUUAUUCAAAAUCCUUCAAGCUUCGACAAUAAACAUAAUUUCGCAGUGGACAGCUUAAAAAUUGAGGAACGUACUGUGAUUAGUCGUAUUAACUUGGCAAUCUUUAUCAAUGAACAAAUUUGGAUUUCUUUAGAUGGAGAAAAUAAUUUAGAUGCAGUACAAUACUAUCUAUUAGCCCAACAUAUUCAUACAGGUAUUAGUCUUUCAAAGAAGCAGUAUAUUGACAGAGUACCACUUUUGCAACAAAUAAAGUCAAAUUUGCUUGUGUUGAGGUCUAAAAUUUUUGAUAAAAUUACUAAAAAAUUAGAAUCUGUAGAAACUUCAGCUAAAGACACUAGUGAAAACUUGAAUGCUCUAUUAUUAUUAGAGAACCAAAGUAGUGAUGACUUAGUAAACAUAUUUAUUGAACAUCGUAAGACUGCUUUGACUACAGUUAUUAAUACCCCAUAUUCAAGUGUUAGAGCACAAAUUUGUUCAAUGGUUAAGUGUCUUAUGACCACCAUUCGACUUCUACAUGAAUGUUUUAUAAGUGUUAAAAAUGGGUUCAAAGGUUUAAUUUGGCAACAGCUGCAAGAAAUUGUAGGUAAUACAGCUCCCUCGACAUUAUCAAAAUUGGAGUUACCUAUCACACCUCUAAAUAGUUAUAUACCAGAGAUAAUAAAACAAUUUAAACCAAAAUGUAAGUUUUCAGACCACACUGAAAUGUCUUUGAAAGACACGGAAACUGUUCUAAAUAAUUGGAUGGAGUCUACUCAAAAAAUGAUUAAAGAUGGCUUAGAAAAGUCUCUGGAUUUGGUUCCAAAUAUUAGAGGACUACAUUUGACAAGAGAAGAAUCCUUAAAAAUUGAACCACCAGAUAAUUGGAAUGAAAUAUGCAAAGACUCACAUCUACCAGAUAAUUUUGAUAUAUGGUACUACUUUUUCCAAAAACUUAUAACACAAAGAUGCAAAAAUUUGAUUACUAAAAAAAUAUCUUCAAAUAUUUCUGAAAUUCAGAAAGAUCUUCGCCAGAUAUUAGACACAGCUGCAAAGUCAGAAAAAUCUGAGACUGAUCUACGUUGGUACACCUGGUCAGAAGAUAUGGAUGAUAUUAGCAAAAUUGAAAACGCUCAUUUAGGCCUUUCAAUGAAAACCAAGGGCCAUUCUCAAAAUAUAGUUGGUCUAUGUAAAAGAUUUGAUAAGAAAUAUUUAGAAUUAUUGGAAGACGCUUCUCAAUAUCUCUAUGGAAAAGAAUAUAGUACCAAUUUCACAAUGAUAGUAAAAGAUUUUAAGUUUAAAAGGAAAUACAUGGAUAAGACUGAUAUUGAAAAACAUUUGCAAAUUGAAUGUACCAAAACUUGUGUCCAGUUAUCAAAUUAUUGUAUCAACGUUCUAAUUGAAGAAACAUCAGAUCUUGUAACUAAAUCUAUAAUACUGGCGAGGUUUGUACAAGCGAUAACACAGUCCUGUCUUAACUUCUACAAGUGUUGUACGUUUAGUAACAGUGAAGAUUGGUUGAAAAUCUGUGAUAAUUUUAAUAAUACAAGUCAUAAAUUAUGGUCAAAUUGGAUAAAUGAUGUAUUGAAAGCAACAGAGGAACAUUGCCUCGCUUUAAAUGACAUUUCUCCGAAAAAAAUGCUCAAAAUACUUAGUAGAUGGGAUGAAAUCGAGAUACAAGAACACACUGAAGAGAAAGUUUUCAAAUCUCACAUACAUGUGCCACUAAAACCGAGUUUGAUUUUAAAUGAUAUUUUAGAAAAAUUGAUUGAUACUAUGGGCCUCAAAAUACCUCACACCAUACCAAAAUCGAUCCAUAUGCAAUACAUACAAAAUAAUAUGAUGGUUAUUUUAACUCACUACAUGAAGUUGACGGAAAAAGAACUGAAUCAAAAACAAGCUUUACAGUUUUUAUUCGACGUGAAAUUUUUAACCACUUUGUGCAUUCCAAGAGAAAAUGUUCAACUUGUCAGUUAUUCCCAAGAUAUUUGUGAUAAAUUUAGAAGUAGGAUAGAUCCUUUCGAUUUAGAUGUGUUUUAUUCUUAUUUGUUGAACAAUGUCAAAAAGGCGGUAGCACAAUCACAGGCGAUAUUAGGAUGUCUCUUGCCAUCUACUAAUCAAUUAUCCAGUUUAGGCAAAUCAGAGAAAUCCAAAGAAGAUCAAAAUCCAAAUUUAUUAGCUUUGAGUGUUCCAUCUAUGUCAACAUGGUUUCCACUUUUACCUGUAUCAGCUCCUUUACAGAGGUUACCUGGAUCAACAACUAAGAAUAAAGAACCCAUUCAGAAAUCCAAAGCUCCAAAGAAACCCCAAGAUCCUACAAGUAUAAUGAAGCAGAGCGCAGCGUCUCUGUUUGGUGGAUUGACAAGUGAUUGGUUUUCAUAACAUUUAAACAUUAAAUAUUUGUUAAUAUUUAAUCGUAUUGUACAUAAAAACAAAUGUUAUAUCGACUUAGUUUUGUGUAAAACUUUUUACAGCGUAUUUAUUCUAAGGAUAUAGGUAUUAUUUUCAAAUAAACGCCACAAUUAUAAAUAAA